GUGAAGUUAUUACACAGCGGAUAAUGUACUUGAAAUUUGAGUAGUUUUACGUAAUUAUAAAGUUAAGUGCGUAAGUUUAAGUAGCGCGUUUGAGUAAGUGUAGGAUUGGCUAUUUCCUCUAUUGCUAAUACAUGAAUCUAGAUGAGUAAUGUACGCACGUUAUGUACGUCACUACAAGAUAUCAUGUAACUGAUGUAAGGUAUAAAUAAGAUUGAUGUUCCUAUAAAAUAUAUAGCAUAGGAAUUUUCAUCCUUUUAUGUUCUACUUCUACAAUUCGGUAUUUUCACGACACCUGUACAACAUGACUGAAUGCAUUGUGGAAUCACUGUCAGCGCUUGCCUAUUAAAAUCGGUCACCGCACGCCACUGGAGAAAAUAGAGUUGACUGGCUGCCAUUGUGCUAUUCAAAUGCGUAAUCAGAUAUGCGUCAUACAGACAUUGCAAUGACGCUGUUAUAUUGUUUGUUCUUUGAUCGGACGAUGGAAUCGUCAUUAAUUAUUCAUUUCCUUCAAAUCCAUCUCAUGUUGCAAAUGUGAACAAUUUGGGAUAUCGUGGUACGACGAACAACGACGACAAUCUGUCCUCCUUCUGCUGCUCUGCUAAAGUCGGCUAAGUCUAUUUGUGAGUGUGACAUUGUUCAACAGAAAGAAAGGCUCAGCAUUGACUAUGAACUUAUUUUCUCGCGUAACUGAGUUUACUGACGAAAUGCCAUCCAAGACUACUUUUCAAUGUGAUAAAGACGUCUCGUACACAAAGGAACCUCUCCCUCUGAUACAGAGCUCGGCCAAUGGAAAGCUCGUUGUCAACUCAAGGGCUCGUAGUAUGUUGGCGAGAAUCGAAAAACCGCUGGUUGUCAUCAGUAUUGCAGGCCUGUAUAGAACAGGAAAAUCCUUUUUGAUGAAUCGACUAUUUGGCUAUUCUGGCUUUUCAAUUGGUGGCUCAACCGAGGCAAACACAAAAGGGAUCUGGGUUUGGUGUAGGGAUCAUCCAUAUAAUAGGGAACAUUGUUUGGUAGUGCUGGAUAGCGAGGGUUUGGGGAUACAGAAAGGAGAUGGGAUCAAUCAGGAUGUUCACGUGUUUGCACUUGCUGUCCUGCUCAGUAGUUGUGUUGUUUAUAAUAGCUGGAACGCUAUUGAUGAAAAUACAAUUCAAAAUCUCAGUCUAGUUACCCAAAUGAUAGAAUUUAUUCAACUCAGUCGUGGUGACGAGGAUACAGAUGACAAUAGCACUUCCGGUGACGUCUCCCCGCAUUUUAUUUGGGUCGUGAGAGAUUUCAGCCUUAGUUUAAAAAUUGAUCAACGUACUUGCACAGCGGACGAAUAUUUGGAGCAUGCGCUAAAAGAUAAACCUGGCACACGGAACUCACAGAGGAAUGAGGUUCGGAAAAAGAUCCGGGAAUUCUUUCCAACAAGAAAGUGUUUCACUUUGAAAAGACCUGUUGUUGACGAAGAGAAACUGGGAAUGCUCGAUGAGUUGACAGAGGACGAGUUCCGUCCGGCGUUUCUCGACGAAGUUCAUCGUUUCAUCAAAUAUGCUUUAAGUUACUCACCAUUAAAAUUCGUCAACAACGUCGAAAUAACUGGACAUUACUUCAACUACCUCGCAGAGAGUUACGUCACGUCGUUAAAUAAUGGCAGUACUCCAAGCAUUCCGAGUAUUAUUAAUCAUAUUGUUGACGCGGAGUUUAUACGAGAGAAAGACGCCAUUACAAACUAUUAUAAAAAGAUGAUGACUGAACGAUUAAUCAAGCCAAUGUCGAUCGAAGAACUACAGGAUUUUAGUGGUCAGCUGAGGGAAGAUGCGCUAAGGAGAUUUAAGAAACAUAAAGUAUUGCAAAAAGCUUCAAAUACAAGUGAAAUGGAACAUAAACUAUCCGAAUCGUUAUGGGAAUUAAAAGUACAUUACGAGCGAGAAAAUAAGCGUAUUUCCAAAGAGUUUUGCUCUGAUCUUAUAAAGACGCUAUAUCAAUCGAUAAACAGAAGAUUGAACAACGAAGAAUACAACAUGUCCGGUGGCUAUAAGGCGUUUCUUCGAGAUUUAGUUCGUCUUGAAAAAUCUUAUCAACAUACGUCGAAUAAGGGACCGAUGAGCGAAGAAGUCCUAGGCGAAUUUAUAAUCUCAUUAGAAGGUGUGAAAAUGCUCAUUAGGAGUGGUGUCGAGAUAAUUAGCAUGGAAUUAGAACGCAAAUUGGAUUUGCAAAGACGCGGGAACUACAUGCCUUGGUUGAAGGAUUCUUUAGUCGGCUCUGUCAGUCAGUUAACUUCGUUGUUUGGUCAAGCUGUUAAAUCGGUUACUUUGACGUCGAGCAUGGCCGCUCCAGAAUUAGAAGCAGGCACAUCAGACACAGACAAAAUUGAAUAAAUUAAUAAAAUAGCCAAAUAGAUUGCAUUAUUUAUAUAUUU